AUGGUUUUCCACGAAAAGUUGGGGGCCGUGCCCCCAGUUCCGUCAAGCUUGAAUCCAAAUGACUGGCGGACAAUUCCGAUCCAUAGCGACCCUUCCAGUAGCUCCAGCGUCCAGCUUCCCGAUCAUGUGAAUACGGCUCCGUCGAUUACCCCUUAUCUUGGCCUUCGGGCGCGGCUUUCCCAGCUCUGGUUCAACCGCUGGACGGUUUUGCUGAUCCUGGUUCUCGUCCGCGUCUUGCUCCUCUCUGGCAGCCUCGACGACAACAUCGCAGAUGCUAAAGUGAAAGCUCUUUCGGCAUGCAGCAAGGUGGAAGAUAUCGGUAGUGCCAUGGCUUCUAUGCCACACUACCUUUCAGUCGGUGUCAACUCUCUCGCUUCUGAGGGCAUCACCAAAGCUGUCUCUGGCUUGGUUAAAGUCCUCAUCAUGAUCUUGACAGGUGUCGAAAACCUCCUCUUCUUCAUCAUCAACAUGUAUGUUGGCACGUUUGUUUGCGUGGUUACCGCCCUGAUUCACGGAGGUCUGGAUGUCGCAGUCAAGGUUGUUGAAGGUGCUACCAAGCUCAUGAACAAUGCUGUCAGCGGCCUCACCAGUCAGAUUGAGAAGAUCAUAGAUCCUGCUGAGAACUUCUUGGAGAGUAUUGAAAGCACGAAAGUUCUAGGCAAGAGCGUUAAGGACUGGCUUGAUCUCGACAUGCCCGACCUCUCCACCGUCAAAAAGCCACUAGCCGACCUUAAGAACAUUAAGAUCAGCAGUGACGAUCUUGUCAAAGACAUCAAGACGUUGAACCAGAAGAUUCCCACUUUUGACCAGAUCGAAAAUCUCACAAAAGAUGCUAUCGCAAUUCCCUUCGACACUCUGAAGAAGCAGAUAAACAGCACAUUUGGAAACUACAAGUUUGACGACUCUGUUUUCCCCGUAGCUCAGAAGAAGGCCCUGUCUUUUUGCUCCGACAACACCUUCCUCAAUGACUUCUUCGAUUCUCUUGCCGAGAUUGUUGCGAAGGCCAAGAUUGCUUUCUUAGUCAUCGUUCCUUUGCUGGCUGUUGCGGCAAUUGUGGCGAUGGGAUGGCUCGAGAUUCGCCGCUGGCGCAGACAAAUGGAGCGCGCCAAAGGUCUCAGCGAGCAUGUCUACGACCCAAUGGAUGCAGUUUACAUGAUUUCUCGACCCAUGACGUCCCGGUUUGGCAUUCGGAUUGCUUCCUUCAUCACUUCUAAGCGCAAGUACAUCAUCUUGAUCCGGUGGGCAUGGGCUUACACAACCUCGUUACCGGCCCUUUUCGUUCUUUCCCUCGCUCUGGCGGGGUUCUUCUCUUGUUUCUGUCAAUAUAUCAUCCUCCAGCUGCUCCAGAAAGAAGUGCCAGCCCUUUCCACCAAGGUUGGCGAUUUUACCGGCCAGGUCGUCACAACACUUCAACGAGUCUCCACGGAUUGGUCAAACGAAGCCAACGGUGUUAUCCUCAAGCUCCAGGACGACAUCAACAAUGAUCUGUUUGGCUGGGUUCAGGAGGCGACAUCGGCGGUCAACAACACUCUAACCACUUUCGACAACGAGAUUGACAAGGGCCUCAAUUCUGCGUUCAAAGAUACGGUACUGCUGCAGACAGCCAAGGAUCUCGUGGGAUGCUUGAUUGGGAGGAAGAUCGACGCUGUUCAGAAGGGUCUCACAUGGGUGCAUGAUCACGCCCAUGUAACACUCCCACUGUUCGCGGAAGAUGUCUUCUCGCGAGGCGCCAAUGAUAGUGUUAGUGGCGAUAGCGACCUCACAAGUUUCCUCGCCUCUCCCUCUACCGUUACAACGGACGAGAUCACCGCAGCGGUUAACAGAGUUAUCGACAAGCUCCGCCAGAGCAUUGUGGAGGAGGCACUUAUCUCGACAGCUCUCUUGCUUGUUUACAUCAUUGUUGUGCUCAUUGGCAUCCUCUGGGCCAUGGCAAACGCAGUUAAGAGGGACAAAACACGGGGUGAAGGCGGACAAGAAUAUGGCCUGAAGGAUGUCGGUGCUAGCGACUCUGACGGGAACUCGAUGUCCACCAGUGGUUGGACACCAGGAGCUGGGUACUAUGCCCACACAGGCAGUGUGAAGAGUGGUCGGUCGGAGUCGGCGAGAUGGCUGUCUCUUGCCCAAAAGAACGGCCACCCGGAGGUCCAAGACUCAGAUCGCUAG